UAGACGUAACAAUGACGAACACUUUUGUUUGUAGCUGCUCGAAACCUAAGUUGGACAGUCGAUUAUUUCUCCAAAGCUGCAGGAGACGUUUAAACAAUGGUGCAAUUAUACUGAGUUCUAGUUCGUACGAUCGCUUAUAGAAACAACGUAGUGUUUAUUUUAUUUAGUUAAGUUGUAAACGUUUUUCGCCUUCAAACAGCUUAAUAAGUUCAGAAUCUCCAUUUAAAAUUCUUAAAAUGGCAGCCAUAAUAACAGCGUUCGUCAAGUACUACAAGCACGUAAAUGAUGAACUAAAAGACCCACGAACGGAAAAUUACUUGUUUAUGUCAACUCCAUGGCCGAUGUUGGCAAUCGUCGGAGGUUACUUGUACUUCGUCAAUAGUUUGGGGCCAACCUUUAUGAAGAAAAGAGAGCCUUACAAUAUGGACAGAAUCAUGAUGAUUUACAAUGCAUUUCAAGUCGUGACGUGUGGCUGGAUGACGUAUCAGAUAAUAAUCCACGCCUGGCUUGGGCAAACAAGUUUCUUCUGCAACCCCAUAGACUAUUCGAAUGCCUCUGACGCAUUGUAUAUCACCAGGCUAUGCUGGGGAUAUUUCAUUUUGAAAAUUGUGGACUUACUUGACACAGUCUUCUUUGUACUCCGGAAGAGAACCAAGCAAAUCACAUUCCUGCACGUAUACCACCACACGGGUAUAAUCAUUGGAACAUGGAUCGGCGUCAAAUAUUUUGCAGGUGGUCACAUAACAUUCAUUGGAGCGAUAAACUCAUUCGUUCACGCAGUUAUGUAUGCUUACUACUUCUUGACCAGCAUUCGGCCAGAGUACAAGAAUUCCAUUUGGUGGAAAAAAUACAUCACACAGCUGCAAAUGAUACAGUUCUUCAUUCUCGUCGUACAGUCGGCACCGACGCUCUUCUGGAUGGACUGCGACUUCCCGAGGCUGCCCGCGGUGCUGCUCUUUACGCAGAACAUCUUCAUGCUCUUCUUGUUCUACGACUUCUACAGAAGAGCCUACCGUACCAAGAAGAACGUCCUUUGACGGGAAGUUCAACAAUCAGAACACUUAAAUUGUAAUUAAUUUCGAUAUUUCCCGUGGUAAGAGACGAGUGGUGUGUAGCUAUUUAUUACUAAAUAAAGACGACAUUCCGACAUUUAGGAAAUCACGCCAUCAAAAGUUUCUUACAUGAAGUAAUGAAACAAAUGAACCGAUAAAUAAAUGCCUGCCAACAUUAAAAUACUAAUAACACUUGUAUAAAUCAGCGUUUUAAAUUUUUUUCCUUUUUUUUUUUUAGUUUUCUAUGAAUCACACACUUGCACCAAAUCAAAUAAAUUUAAAAUAUUAACAUAGUAAAUUUUAAAUAUUUUGUAAUGCUCGUUCUUGAAAAAUAAAUUUCUAGGUAAAAAUAUAAAAAAA